AUGGGCCAUGCCUCCUUGGCACCCAGCAGCUAUGUUAACACACAUUCUGUGGGACCUCCGAAGCCUCCACUGCCAGUUAUCGCUUCCAGCAGUCCUGCUGUCACAGCAGGUGCCAAACCGGUGUCAGUUUCGGCCUCAUCGAGCCCGACGAGGCCCUCGACCGGUUCGGGACCGACAAUCAGCAAGCGGGCCCGCACAGCGUACACUUCGCAGCAGCUGAUCGAACUGGAGAAGGAGUUCAGCAUCAAUCGCUACCUCUGCCGCCCGCGUCGCAUUGAGCUGGCAGCUCAGCUGGGUUUGACUGAGCGCCAGAUCAAAAUCUGGUUCCAGAACCGUCGAAUGAAGUACAAGAAGGAGAAGAAGGCCAAGGAAGCAAUGGAAGCUGCAGAGGCAGCAGGCAGUGACCAGGAGCUCUCCGCCCACCGUCGUCAAUCGUCAGCACGCGGCACACAUUCUCAGCAGAAGAGCACGUCAUCUCCCCCACCACUAAAGGGCCUGGCCAACCCUGGGCCAUCAGCUGCCAUAUGUGCUACCAUGCCAGCAGCAGCAGUAACAGCAGUUGGAGGUGGUGGGGGAUGUACACUUGACGGGUAUCAGAACCCAGGUCCAGACUUCAAUGAGUUACUUGUGACACACAAGCCAGUCCAGCAGACUCAACACGUAUCACCUCCAGUACAGAUAAAUCCAAACUUCACACCAACUGAGGCUUAUGACAGCUCAAAUUAUUUCACACAACAGAUGCAGUAUGACUACUUACAACCAAAUGUUUCUGAGGAUAGGCUGCAGCAUUACCAAAUGCAUGUUCCACCACAAGUUUAUCAGCCAACAUUCCAGUCAAUGUUGCCUGCAGGCUUUCCACAGCCAGAUGACCUUUUGUCAGUUCUACCUGGCUCUUCCAUGGACAUCAAGCCACCAGUAAUUCAAAAAAUGGAGCAUAUGGAUACAUACCAGGAACCUCUGCAGGCAGGUUUGGUACCCGGAUACAAACAGGAGAUUUUCUGGGACCACCAGGAUCAGCAACAACAGCAGCAGCAGCAGCAGCAACAACGCCCACCACCCGCAUAUCCGGACAACUAUACUGAGAACAACAGCAGUGCCAGCUACUCCACUGUGUCGCCGCCGAGCUUGACAGAACUUUAAUAUCAAGGUUUGGAUGCAUUACCAAAUGCAUCUUCCACCACAAGUAUAUCGGCCAAUGUUCCAGUCAGUGUUGCGCGCAGGCUUUCCACAGCCAGAUGAAAUGUCGGAGCUACCUGGGUCUUCGAUGGGCAUCGAGCCACCGAUAAUUCAGAAAAUGGAGCAUAUGGAUACAGACCAGGAACCUGUGCAACCAGGUUUGGUAUCCGCACACAAGCAGGAGAUUUUCUGGGACUGCCAGGAUCUGCAACAAUGCCCACCGCCUGCCUAUCUAGACAACUAUGCUGAAAAUAACAGCAGUGACAGCUACUCCACUGUGUCGCCACCGAGCUUGACAGAACUUUAAUAUCAGUGGUUUGGAUGCAUUACCAAAUGCAUGUUCCACCACAAGUAUAUCAGCCAAUGUUCCAGUCAGUGUUGCCUGCAGGCUUUCCACAGUCAGAUGACCUUCUGUGAGUGCUACCUGGCUCUUCCAUGGACAUCAAGCCAUGGAUAAUUUAAAAAAAAUGGAGCAUAUGGAUACAUACCAAUGUUUGGUACCUGCAUAGAAGCAGGAGAUUUUCUGGGACCACCAGGAUCAGCAACAGCAACAACGUCUGCCACCCAUGUAUCUGGACAACUAUGCUGAGAAUGACAGCAGUGCCACCUACUCCACUGUGUCACUACCGAGCUUGAACGAACUUUAAAAUCAGUGGUUUGGAUUACAAAAUUUUAUUUCAGAACAUUGCACUGUAUCCCAUAUUCAUGUAACUUGUACAUCCAGUGCUUUUUAUAU